GCUGCAACCCUGCUGUCCUUUAAACUCGUCACUCUUCGCAAGCACCAAGUCAACAGCAUGACGACACAAAGCGCCGAAUAUUAUGAGUCCGCGCAUGCUACAUACUGGACUGAUGUGCCUUAUGAACGUACUCCCCUGAAUCUGCUCGACAUAUGCGUGCCCAAGAGACAGCCUGAAGAUCCACAACAGGCAGUAUGGCUUGUCUAUAUCCAUGGAGGAGCUUGGAGAGACCCCAUGAUUGAUCGCAAGAGUCUCAAUGCUGCUCUGGACAUGAUUCUCGAGGACGAUCAACCACACAAUGUUGCCGGGUUCGUGUCACUUGACUAUCGCCUGUCGCCAUAUCCCUCGCAUCCAACUUCUCCAUCGUCUCCAGACGAUGACAGUCGCAAUGUACAACACCCAGAACAUCUAAACGAUAUCCUCGCCGCUUUGUUCUUCCUUGGUACCAACACUGGUGAGGAAACUCGUCUCAAAAGUGGCGGGACUGUUCGCUUGCCAGACACUUGGUCUAUCAUGGCAGGUCGUUAUGUCUUGUGUGGCCACAGCUGCGGCGCAACACUUGCAAUGCAAGCUACCGCUCUCCUAAGCAACGGACCUGGCGCUAUUCGGCCUCCAGUAGCAUUGUUGGGCAUGGAGGGCAUUUACGACUUGGCUGCUCUGGUCGCCACACACACGCAUCCAGCCUAUCGAGAGUUUAUUGUCAUCAAUUGCCUGCAUGAUGAGGUGUGGGAGAAGGGAACCGAGUUGGCUAAAGCGGUUCGAGCUGUGACCAACCAAAGAUAG